UAGCAAUUAAACGUUUUUCAAUUGUUGUUGUACAAAAUGACAACAGAUAGAAGUUUGACUGUAAUAGCUGGUAUUUUAGGAGAUUGUACUUUCAAUUAUAUAUGUUUCGUCGCUGAAAGUUUGUCUACGAUAUUACCGAAUUUUCAUUACAGAAGUAUUAGUAAAAGUUCUGCAAGAUGGGAUUGUUGGUUGAAAGAAACUUGUGAUCUUCAUGGAUGGACUCACACUAAAUCUCCUCUAAUAUGGAGAGAAAUUGGACUUAGUCGGUCUCAUGUAACUUAUAUUGGAGGUAGUUCCCAAUUUUGGGAAUUAUUGCAUAAUUAUUAUGACAUCAGUUUAUAUUUAAGCAAAGAAGAACUUGAUGCAUUACAAACAGACUUAUUAUUUGCUUGUAAUAUAAAGAAACAAAGAAGCAAACCAUUACAAGUACAAAAAAAAUACCGUCAAAUAAUGAUAAUAGGAGCAGGAAGAUCAAUGUGCCCCGAUCUUGUUCCUCAGUUACUAAUGACAAAAGAGCUCUGGAUGACUCAUGGAAUUGUUAUUAACUUGUAUGAUGAACCAGGAUGUUUCUUUAAACUUAGGAAAAUUUUUAGAGAUGCAGGAACAAUAGGUGCUGGCAUAAAUACAGUACAUAUUGUGGAAAAUAUCCCUGAUGGAUUAAAAGACUGUGAUAUAUUAAUUUACCUUGACAGUUUAACACGAGAAGAAUAUGAAGGUACAGAUAAUUGGCUGCAACGUAAUUAUAAAAUUAUAGCAAAUUUAUGUACACAUAUAAAUGAACAUGCGCCUUCACAUAUGAAGGUAAUUUUCUGCUCAAUGAAUCUUCCAUGUUUUUACGCCAAUAUCAUGAUGGAACUUGUUACAAAAUUAUCAAGCACAAACAUUGUAGUUGCUAGUGCUCAUUAUGGUUUAGAACUUAUAUACACAUUUGUAAAUUCACUUGGUCUUAAUCUGCAAAACUUUGGUUGUCCACCUGUUUGGGGCUUCUUGGGAAUCAAUCACUUUGUAGAUGUUCACCAUAUGAUUCAAAAAUAUGAUGUUUAUUAUCCAAAUAAAAGAGCUCUAAAUUCGAAUGAGAAUAUGAUACUACCACUUGGAACUCAACAUUCCGAACUGAGGUGGUUUUUUUACAAGACACAUGAUAAAAAUCCUUAUAAAAACUAUUUGAAACGCAAGGCCCUUCUUCGAUAUCAAAUGGGCACAUCAGAAGAUUUUCCAAAAUGUAGAGCAAUUUGUGAUCUUUUAAAGUUAUGGUAUAGUAAUAAAAAAAGCAUCAGGGAUGAAAUUAUAUCAUUAGGAAUUGAAUCUGAUGGUUCAUUUGGUAUUCCAAAGGGAUUAGUAUUUUCACAACCAGUUUAUUUAAAAGAAUAUGAAGAUGGUUCACGAGUAUGGGUCCCUUUCAGAGAUUUCCCAAUGCCGAACAUGCCAAUUUCUAUAUUCCAAAGCCUUAUAGACACUGGUAUUUAUGUUAAGAAAAAAAUAAUUGAAUUAAAAAACAGUUCUGAUGCAACAAAAUAAUACAUUUCUAAUCAUUUACAUGAAUACGAUUUUAGUGCUUUACAUCCACUAAACUCUAUGUUUAUUUUUAAUCACAAAAUCAUAAUUUUUAUUGUAUUAUUUAAUAUAUAUAAAUAGCACAAAAUUAUUCAAAUUUAAUAUAUAUAUUCAAGUUAAUCGUUAUAAUAUACAUUUGUAAUCAUUAAAAUUGCACAUUGUUUUAUAACCAAUGCUUCCAAUAAACAAGUUUUACAUCAGAUUAAUUCUAAUAAAAAAUAUUUGUGACUUGCACAUAAAUGACUUCUAACAAACCAUAAGUCAUGAUAAUACACUAGAAUUAAACUUAAUAAAUACAAAUAUCUUGACAGUGUUAUUAAUGAAAUAUAAGAGAAGUAAUGAAGUUUCUUAAGAUAGAUUUAUUACCUAGUAAAUACAAUUGAAUAAAUUAGCUAAGAAAGAUAGCCAUUGAUCGCUUUAAAAAAAUCACUGCAUUUUAUUGCAACACUUCUCAUGAAAAGAUAUCAGGAAUAAUACUUUUGGCCAUGCGUAAUAAUGUACUUGAAUUUAAUGUUACAAUUUUCUUGUAUACAGAAAAUGAUAUAACAAAUUGUUACCAGCUUAAAUCUAUCGUUAACAACUGGUAAUCUAUACCAUUUUAUACCUAAUCGUUCUUUAUACAGGAUGUUGAUGUCACAAUGGUAGACAAAUGGAUAAUGCAUUACGUAUUAUCGUGUGACUGUUUUAUCCAUGCUAUUUAAAUAGUGUGUUCAAUUCAAUUAUAUGCCUUUUCGAAAGUGUUUAAUACGCAUCGGUCAUUACGAAAGGAAUGAAAUGCGUAAAAAAAAAAUAAAAU